AUGGAUGUACCGGCUCUAGUCCUUGAAUUCUUCCUCAAUCCACACACGCUGCCGGAUAGGAAAGCCUACAUUGAACAGACAUUGACUGAAUUCAAGUCGAGACCAGAUGCGUACAGGCUCGCCCUCCCAUUUCUCGCUGACACGACAGAUCCACAUGUUGCAUGGUUUGGUCUGUCAGUUUAUGAGGGAUGUGUAAGCAAAUGGAGUCAAAUCGAUGCUGGAGAGAGAAGAGAACUGAGGUCCUUGUUUUGGAACAAGCUCACAUCAAACCACAAUACUAUGCCACCCUUUCUUCUCAACAAGAUGGUCAAAUUGGUCGUCGAUAUCGCCAAACAAGAGUUCCCAAACGAAGAUCCUGAUUUCUUUGUAAACAUAUACGCAUUGCAAUUACCAUCCUUGUCGUUAUGUCUUACAAUGCUGAAAAUUGUCGCUGAAGAGUUCUCGCAAUCAGGAAGACAAGACGUACCAGCAGCUCGAAAAAGAGAGUUAGAUAUCUUGCUAAAACAGCAGGUGUCAAACAUACUAGCUAUAGCUGUAGACGUGUUAGCUCGUAUAUAUCAGUCACUUCUUGUGUCAUCAUCUACAAGCACACCAGCUGGCUCACCAUCCGAAGCCGCAUUUGCCGGUGGAAUGAGUCUGUACAGCCCGCUCAAACUGCCAGACGGCACAUCAUUCCCUCAUGUCGGUAUAUCUCCUACACGACCACGAAAUUCACCAUACGGCCACGACAUGUUUGUCCAUGGUGGUAGAAUAUCAUCAGAGAACGCCACCACUUCAGGACUUGCUCUUGAAGUUAUACAAACCCUAUUUGCAUUCAUACCACUUGAACAGAGUACAAGCACAUAUUUACCUAAUACCAUGGACAUGCUGUUUAAAUUCUCGCAGUUGAAUGAUGAUUCGACGGUAGCAUUAGGAACUUUGGCUAUUGCAUGCUUGAAUGAAUUGAUGGCUAGGAAUUAUGUACCUCCUGGUCCUUUUGUGGAUUUCUUGUUGAACGUGUCUGUACAGAUGUGUGAAUUGAUGAGGUUUCUGACGGAUGAGUCACCAUUAUCUACUGCUCCGAGAUUGGCCGAUGUAGAUGAGGCGUACAAGAGCAAAUGCAUAGAAUUCAUACAGUACUUUAUGUCACAACACUUUUCACGAGCUCAAGGACAAUUCCCAGUCGAGUCUUUCUUGGAGUUGCUCUUCAAGUUCACCUUUCUCCAGACUUCAGCCGAUGGAUUCCAAGCCUGUCUGAAGAUAUGGGAUGUCUUUCUGGACUUUCUAGCCACGCAGAAAGAGAAUGCAUCCGCUACCAGGCAAGCAAAAAAAUAUAUAUUUUGGAAUGAAUGCUCAGCGCCUGAUAACACCCAUCUCCAACUCAGUAGGUACCAAGAGUGCGUACAUAGCCUCAUACGAGCCAUAACGAAACGAUGCCGGCAUUCUGAAAAUGCUGAAGAACUAGAAGAAUUAUCAGAACGGGUUGAGACUGAUGAACUUGGACAGUCAGCUACUGCUUUAGAUGUGUUUAGGAAUAAUUGUGUGGAUCUCGUAGUCAAGGCAGCUGAUUUAUAUCCAGUCUAUGUAUUGCAGUACUUUUAUUCGUUGUUGGAGUCGGAUAUGACUGCUGUUGCAGCUCAAAAUCUCAAACCUGAUGCGAUGUGUACGACAAUCAAAGAUUUGACGACCAUCAGUAUCUUUUUCGGAAGACUAGCACCUCUAUUCACAUCCAAUGUCGAAGUGGCUAGUAGUGUGACAGUCAUCUUUGACAAGUUGCUUGGUCUACUGCAACAGGUUCAACCACUUGCUAAUACUGGUGGCGUUGUAGGAAGCGUUGCAACUGAUCUGGAAAAACAACUCUUCCAAAUGCUGGUACUGAAUAUACAUUGGAUUGCAAUGGUGAAUGCUAUGACGAGAGAUAAUGCUGAAAAGGCAUCACAGUUUAAGGAUUUUGUCGUGAGAAUGGUGUCGCUGAGUUUGAUUUCGUUGGGACAGCAGUCGCCUGAUGUUGCAUACUCUGGUUCAUCAUUUAUGAUAUCCCUGACGAGAACAGUCAAACCUGACAUUGGAGAGACACCGGUUAUGGUUGAUUUAAUACGGAAUGUGCAUGUACAGAGUCUCCCGUACAGGACGGAUGUCUUGAGGAAUGUGUAUACUUUUAUUACCAACUUAUUCACAUUAUCACAAUCAAUCAAACCUGAUGAGAGUGAAUGGACUGCACGAGCAGGAAUGUUUCGAAGUUUUUGUGGUGGAUUUGUUGUUGCUUUGAUGAGUGAGAAUGGGCAGGUGUUAGACAAGACUCGAGUAAUACAUUCUCUGAAUUGUCUAUGUGGAGUCUUCCAAUCCGUGAAAGAUGCACAGACGCUAUCAAAGAAUGUUGCAUUGGAAGGUGUUGGUGUCUUGAUACCGCAUCUUCCUGGUCUGGUGUCGAUGUACUCGAAUGAUAUGGAUGUGUUACCAACGCUUCUGGAGACCGUUCUCAUGCUGUUCCAAUCUCUAUCGAAACAAUUAUUACGGCUAGAUAAUGCAAAUGGAAUGGCUGCUAUCAUACAAGCUGUGUUGCAACAAGCUGCCAAUAUGUCAACCAGUACUUCGAAUGCUAUUGUUGGCGAAGUUGUGACGAGUUUGUGUCUUCUCUUCACAACUAUAGUAGAAGACUCUUCAAAAGUCACCAUCCGAUUCUUACCAGACAUUAUUGCAUCCGUUGUAUAUACCAUACAUCCAAAGUACUUGACCUCAGAUAUUGACGCAUUAGCACCAGCACGAACAGCAUUCUACGACCUUGUAUAUAAAAUAUUGCUCGUACAUUGGAGAUACUUUUUCGGAAGUCAAGUUAAUCGCAUGUUGGGGAAGAGUGAGGAGGAGUCCAAGCAUCGAGGAGAAUUCAUGGCACUUGUCCAGAUCAUUGCAGAAUCAUUCAAACAUUCAGACAUCUCUGUAUUCAAACAGAAUUUGAGUGUUUUGGAGUCGUUGAAUGAUAAAUGUCAGUUAUACGCCAAGAUUCGUGACGACGCUCUUGUACCCUUCCAACACCUGUUUCUUACAAUGUUAAUCUCCAAAAGCCAUGACUUUUUACGGGAAGACGUGAUCACGCAAGUCCUAUCACACAUGAUAUUAACGGACUUGGCCAUGUUUCAGAGUACAACCAUCCCACAAUUUGUGAAUCAGCAUUGUGGGAGGAUGAGGAGGGAGGAUCAGGAAGUGUUGGGAGGGUAUUUGGUUGCUAUUCGUGAUGCUCAUAGUUGCAUGGACAAUUUGAAUUUGCUUGUGAAUGAUUAUGCUUACUUUGCUAGCCGAUAA